GGAAAGGAGAAGGAAGACAAAGAGGAGGAAGAAGAGCAAGGAAGGAAAGGAGGAGGCAUAGGAGGAGGAGGAGGAAGUGAAAGAGGAGGAGGAGGAAGUGAAAGAGGAGGAGGAGGAAGUGAAAGAGGAGGAGGAGGAAGAGACGGAGGAGGAGAAAGCGGAUGAGGCUUACAGGAAGUGAGAUGGGGAGUCGACAGGGAAGAGGGGAGACGGGAGUAGAGAGAGGGGAGAGGGGAGAUGGGAGUAGAGAGAGGGGAGAGGGGAGACGGGAGUAGAGAGAGGGGAGAGGGGAGAAGUUGGAAGCAGGAACUUCUUUCAAGCAGCGAGAACCUCCCAAGGACUUAGGUUCUAUAAAUAGAAACAGCAUUGAGGGAGAUCGGUGACUUGUUAGUGUCAGUGACCUCAGUUCAGCUUCUAAAAAUAGAAACUACUAGGAGGAUUUCACUUGUUGGGUCAAAAGCUGGGCCUUAGUGGGUCCCCUUUUUGUCACAGCUUUAGGAGCACUCACGUUAGUUCCGCAGUUUGUCUUCAAACUGGGCCAGGUACAUCUUUACUCGCAAGGGCACGUCUGGUAUGGAUAAGGACGAUAAAUCUGUACAGGUGCU